AAAAAAAGUCAGUCAUUGUUAGCGAAACGUCAAUUCAAUAUAUAGGCGAAAAUGAAUUUAAAAAUAAUAAAACAUUUGAAUUUAAUUCUAUUUAUUCAAGCACUUUUCUUAUUGUUUGCUGCAAAAAAUGUAAAUUCAUUGUCCAAUAAUUCGUUGCUAUUACCAAGUAAUUACGAGGGAUUGUAUUAUCCAAGUGAUAAUGUAGUUAUUCUCAAUAUUUCCAAUUUUCAAUCAAGUGUGUACAAUUGCAAUUCAAGUUGGAUAGUUGAAUUUUAUUCUCAUUGGUGUGGACAUUGCAUUCGAUUUUCUCCAUUAUGGAAGACUGUUGGCAAAAACCUUCAAAAUUGGAACAAAGCUGUACAAAUAGCUGUGAUAGACUGUGCUGAUGAUGAAAACAGUCCUAUUUGUCGAGAUAAUCAUGUUAUAAGUUAUCCAACGUUGAAAUAUUUUUCUGCAAAUUCCAAACCAGGAACAUUUGGAUCUGAUGUAAAGGAUGUAAAGGAUGUUGCAGUUUUAGAAACAAUUAUUCUCAAUCUUGUUGAAGUUGAGGAACGGGCAGGUCGUGGUUCCUCAUGGCCAAAUAUUCUGCCAUACAGUGCGGAGGAUCUGAAGAAUAUCUGGAAAUCCGUAGCAGAAAAUGUGAAGUACAUAACUUUAGUAACUGAAUCUCCUGACUCAAUUAUAGGAACCAGUAUGAUUAUGAAUUUCCAAAACGUUAAGGAAUUACAUAUUGGAAGAGUAUUAGCCAACACUACAAACACCACCAUCACUCUAAGUUUUCUUCAGCGGGACAAAACUGAGACGACAUUAAAAAUAAACAAUGCCACAACUGACAUAAUUGAAAAAACAAUCAAAGACAAACUUGAAGCCCAAGGAGUGCACGUCGUGUUACCCGACACAAAGAAGGACACUGAAAUUAAAGAAGUGCCAACUAUUUCGAAAGAACAAAUGGCAAAUCUCGAGUAUGCUCAUAAAGCCGGAGAUGUUGUGUUUCAGCUCGAUAUAGAAAGAGCUCUCCGCUACUCCCUUAAUCAUGAGGUCGCCAUGUCUGAAAAUAUCGAUGGAGAAAAAAUGGAAGCUUUAAAGAAUUACAUAAACGUUCUUGUGUCUUACUUCCCAAAGAAAAACAACGGAAUCCGUUACUUGUUGAGUCUUAAAGAACUACUUAAAAAUCGAUCAUCCAUUACUGGCGAAAGUUUUCGUAAAUUUUCAACCGCUUUUGCAAAACAACUCUCUCCGGUUUUCACCGGCAAAGAUGAAUGGAUUGGUUGUCAGGGUAGUUUGAAUUUCCGCAGAGGAUUCCCCUGUGGAAUGUGGACAAUGUUUCACACAUUGACUGUCAAUUUUGCAAACAUGAACAACAUUCAGAAACAAGAUGAUCCCGCACAAGUUCUAAAGGCAAUGCAUGGUUAUAUUAAAAGUUUCUUUGGUUGUCGUUGGUGUAAAAAGCAUUUCGUCGAAAUGUCUGCUGAAAGACAUUUAUUUGACGUAAAAGGUUUUGACGAAAGUAUCCUUUGGCUUUGGAGAGCUCACAAUCAAGUCAAUAAAAGAUUAGCUGGCGAUGUGACCGAGGAUCCGAUGCAUAAGAAAAUUCAAUAUCCUACGGCAACUGAUUGUCCGUCCUGCAGAGAUGGCAAUGAUACUUGGAUAGAGAGCAACGUUCUGUCAUACUUGAAGAACAAGUACUCUUACAGUGCGAUCAAUUUUUAUGAAUCUGCUCUAAAAACAAAUAAUCUGCAUUAUAUAGGAAAAGAUGUACCAUAUUUGUAUUUUUCUCGUAAAUAGAGAAUCAGUGGAAGUCACUGAAAAAUGAGUGAGCUACUAAACGACAUUUCGUGCAUUGUACAUAAUUACUAGUAUGCAAAUUGAUUAAGUUUGAGUCCACACUUUGGAAAUAUUCCACUUUUGCUUACAUGUUGGAUUUCUUUCUUCUUUUUGUCAACAAUUCGGACAAAAUGUCAAAUAAUUAUAAACUUUUCUAUUUUUUAUAUUAUUUGUGUUGUAAUUUCUUAAACUCUUAUUAUAAAAUGAAUCAAUUUAAUUUACUCGCCAAAAAAGAUUCAACUUUGCACGAAAACAUUAGCUCACUUAUUCUCUUAAUAACAUGUGGUAGAAAUUCAUUUGUAUUUUUAUAAGUUGCAAUAUGUCAAGAUCAACUAUUAAUUUUACUGUUUGUAAAAAAUUUUAAAUUUGAUUUCAAUAUAGGAAUACGAAAUGUCGUUUCGUCACUGGCACAUUAAUUUGUUCAACAUCAUCGAUGGAAAAUCCGCAGAAAUUGAAAGUUGUUAAAAUAUAUAUUGUUAAAAAAAAUAUUACUUCUACAAAUUGUUACUUAUUUAAAGUGAUAUAAUAAAGAAAAAUAAAUCAAA